GACGUACCGGCAGUCUACCAUCCAUGCUCUCAGUGGCUUACUUUAGCUUCCGGCAUCAAUAAUGGACGGUGGAUAGCCACUCUAAGCAGUUUACACCGUACACAUAGCGUUUGCAGUACUACACCUUCAAUGGCGGUUUUGAUAUCCAAGGAACAAGGACGGCAUUAGUAUCCAUGUGAAAAAUCAGACCGGGCUUUAAAACCAUAAACCCUCACUCUCGCCCUCUAUUUCUCUGCAUUUUCCCCUCAAUUUUGAACUUUCUCGCCCUCUCUGUCCCUUUUUUAACCUAAUGUUUGUUCGUUUAUCGGCCAAAAUUACGAAGCAACGAUAACAAAUAUCUUCAGAUACUAGGGUUUCCAAAUCACUCGAGUUAUACUCUCCGGUAACAUUCCAUUUCUCGAGUUUCUGCCAUGUUUAUGCGGUUCUCUCUUUGUAGAUUUAAGGGUUUUGUGAAGCUUUUUUGCUCUUGUUAAUGGCGUUGGAAUCUGAAGUGGUUUGGAUUGGUACUCGAUUUUUGACGGCUUAGGGUUUUAAAAAGUAAGAGCGAUGUCCCCUUUAGGGGUGGAGCGUAAAUAUUUCACAGAUGAGUGCCUUCGAGAAUGGAAGGCACCUUCGACUUCGUUCAAGCUGCCUGUUCCUGUACCAUCACUGCGAUUCCUUUACGAGCUUUGCUGGACUAUGGUCCGUGGUGAUUUGCCUUUUGCAAAGUGUAAAACAGCACUUGAUUCAGUCGAGUUUUCUGACAAAAGAUCAAAGGAUGAACUUGGUUCUGUGUUUGCUGAUAUUAUUGCACACAUGGGUCAAGAUCUUACAUUGCCUGGGGACUAUCGCACCCGUCUUGUCAAACUGGCAAAAUGGUUGAUGGAAUCAGGUCUGGUUCCCUUAAGGCUUUUUCAGGAGCGCUGUGAGGAAGAAUUUUUGUGGGAAUGUGAAAUGAUUAAGAUCAAGGCUCAAGAUUUAAAGGCCAAAGAGGUGAGAGUCAACACCCGCCUUCUCUACCAGCAAACCAAGUUUAAUCUUCUGCGGGAAGAGAGUGAGGGUUAUGCCAAGCUGGUAACUCUGCUCUGUCAAGUUGGUCCAGAGACUUCUACACGGAAAACAUCAGAUGCAGUUAUCAGCUCUUUAAAGUCUUUAAUUGGGCAUUUUGAUCUGGAUCCAAAUCGUGUUUUUGAUGUUCAGGUCUUGGAGUGCUUUGAGCUGCAACCUGACAACACUAUCUUCUUUGACCUUAUACCCAUAUUUCCAAAGUCACAUGCUUCUCAAAUCCUGGGAUUCAAGUUCCAGUACUACCAGCGUAUGGAAGUUAAUGAUCCUGUGCCCCAUGGGCUAUACAGACUUGCGGCGGUGCUUGUUAAAUCAGAGUUUAUAGAUCUUGAUAGCAUAUGUGCACACUUACUGCCAAAGGAUGAAGAGGCAUUUGAGCUCUACGAGACUUUCUCAACAAAACAAUUUGAAGAGGCUAACAAAAUAGGCAAAAUAAAUCUUGCUGCCAUAGGGAAGGAGUUGAUGGAUGAUGAGAAACAAGGGGAUGUUACAAUAGAUCUUUUUACUGCCUUGGACAUGGAGAAUGAAGCUGUUGCAGAGCGAUCUCCUGAACUUGAAAAAAAUCAGUACUUGGGGCUACUUAAUGGGUUCCUUGAUGUGGAUGACUGGUUCCAUGCACACAUCCUCUUUGAUCGGCUUGCUCCUCUUAAUCCUGUUGCGCAUAUCCAAAUAUGCAAUGGAUUGUUCAGGGCUAUUGAGAAGUCGAUUUCUUCUACUUAUGAUAUCAUUAAUCAAUCACAUCUGCAAAUUCUUGGGGGGGCUUCUGGUUCUGCAUCAGAUGCCAUGGAGCUAUCAGGGGAACCCCCUUGCCAAAGCACUUCUGUUGUUUUGCCUAAAGAACUUUUUCAGAUGCUUGCUUGUGCUGGCCCAUAUCUUCAUCGUAAUGUAGUACUACUGCAGAAGGUCUGUCGAGUAUUGAGGAAAUACUAUCAAUCUGCACAGGAACUUGUUGACUACCUUGUUGAAAUUAUUCCUAGAUCUUCUCAUGGUGAUCAUCGUGAUCCUCGUCUUCAACUUAAAGAGGCUAGGUCAAGGGUGGAGGAGGCUCUUGGGUCAUGCAUACUUCCUUCAUUGCAGUUAAUACCUGCAAAUCCUGCUGUUGGACAGGAGAUAUGGGAAUUAAUGAGUCUUCUUCCGUAUGAGGUGCGUUACCGUCUGUAUGGAGAGUGGGAAAAAGAUGAUGAAUCACUUCCAUUGCUUUUUGCAGCCAGGCAAACUGCAAGGCUGGACACCAGAAGAAUUUUGAAACGACUUGCUAAGGAAAAUCUAAAGCAGCUAGGUCGCAUGGUGGCAAAAAUAGCUCAUGGUAAUCCCAUGACUGUACUUCGCACAAUUGUUCAUCAGAUUGAGGCAUACCGGGAUAUGAUUGCACCUGUUGUCGAUGCCUUCAAGUAUUUGACACAGCUUGAAUAUGAUAUAUUGGAAUACGUUGUUAUUGAACGUUUGGCCCAAGGAGGACGUGAGAAACUGAAAGAUGAUGGACUAAAUCUGUCAGAUUGGCUCCAAUCACUUGCAUCUUUCUGGGGAAGUUUGUGUAAGAAAUACCCCUCAAUGGAAUUGAGAGGGCUUUUCCAGUAUCUUGUGAAUCAGUUGAAAAAGGGAAAUGGUAUUGAGCUUAUCCUUUUACAGGAGCUUGUACAACAAAUGGCAAAUGUACAAUAUACUGAAAACAUGUCAGAGGAACAACUGGAUGCAAUGGCAGGAGGAGAGACCCUCAGAUAUCAGGCUACUUCUUUUGGGAUCACUAAAAAUAAUAAGGCGUUGGUUAAAUCCACAAACAGGCUUCGAGAUUCGCUGCUGGCAAAAGAAGAACCGAAGUUGGCUAUUCCACUUUUAUUGCUCAUAGCCCAACAUCGUGCCUUGGUUGUCAUAAAUGCAGAUGCACCAUAUAUCAAGAUGGUCAGUGAGCAGUUUGACAGAUGCCAUGGCACAUUGCUUCAAUACGUGGAAUUUCUUUCCAAUGCAGUUACACCAAGUACAGCAUAUGCUCACCUGAUUCCCUCACUAGAUGACCUCAUUCAUAAGUAUUGUCUUGAUCCAGAGGUGGCAUUCUUAAUUUACCGCCCUGUUAUGAGGCUUUUCAAGUGUUUGAGGAGUUCUGAUACAUUCUGGCCUUCUGAAUUCACCAGAGAGGCUACUCAGUUGAAUGCAGAUAAAGAAUCUGAUCACUCAUUCUCAUCUAGUGAAAUGGUUCUUGAUCUUGGUUCACCUCGAAAACCUAUCACGUGGUCUGAUCUUCUUGGCACGGUACGGUCGAUGUUGCCUUCAAAAGCUUGGAAUAGCCUUUCUCCAGAGCUUUAUGCGACAUUCUGGGGGCUAACCCUUUAUGAUCUCUAUGUUCCAAAGAACCGUUAUGAAUCUGAGAUUGCCAAGCAGCAUGCUGCUCUGAAAAACUCCGAAGAACAAUCUGAUAAUUCAAACUCAGCAAUUGCUAAAAGAAAGAAAGACAAGGAAAGAAUCCAAGAGAUCUUAGAUCGUCUGACUAAUGAACUCCAUAAGCAUGAAGAAAAUGUUGCAUCUGUACGUAAACGUCUUGCUCGUGAAAAAGAUAUAUGGUUGACCUCUUGUCCUGAUACUCUAAAGAUAAACAUGGAGUUCCUCCAGAGGUGUAUCUUUCCACGAUGUGUGUUCAGCAUGCCGGAUGCUGUUUACUGUGCCAUGUUUGUCCACACACUGCAUUCUCUCGGAACGCCAUUUUUUAACACUGUGAAUCAUAUCGAUGUGCUUGUAUGUAAAACAUUGCAGCCUAUGAUCUGCUGCUGUACUGAGUAUGAAGCAGGUAGACUUGGAAGGUUCUUGUACGAGACACUGAAGAUGGCUUACUACUGGAAAAGUGACGAAGCAAUUUACGAACGGGAAUGUGGCAACAUGCCAGGCUUUGCUGUGUAUUACAGAGAUCCAAAUAGUCAGCGUGUCACGUUUAGCCAGUUCAUUAGAGUUCACUGGAAGUGGAGCGGACGGAUAACACGGCUACUCAUUCAGUGUUUGGAAUCAACUGAAUACAUGGAAAUUCGUAAUGCUCUUAUAUUGCUAACGAAAAUUUCAAGUGUUUUCCCUGUCACUCGAAAGAGUGGGAUUAACCUUGAGAAACGGGUUGCGAAAAUCAAGUUAGAUGAAAGAGAAGAUCUCAAAGUUUUGGCAACAGGAGUGGCUGCAGCUUUGGCUGCUAGAAAGAGCACAUGGGUCUCAGAAGAAGAAUUUGGCAUGGGAUAUGUUGACCUAAAGUCCGCUGCAGCGCCUGCUGCAAAACCCUUGACCAGCAAUGCAGUAACUUCUGCAAAUAACCAGAGUCUAGUAAAUUCCCAGAUUGAGAAUGGUGCUACCCGAAAUGUCACCUCAGCCACACAGGCAUCAGAUGGGUUGAAUUCUUCAAAGGAUCACAUGUCUCGAUCGAAGCCUGUAGAUGGUAGGCUUGAACGGGCGGACAGUGUACCUCUUAACAAGAUUGACGCUGGACAAGCUAAAUCAAAGGGAAGCUCAGUAGUAAACACUGCAGAGGCUCAAAUAAAUUCAGCUGUCGCAUUUAGUGGAACAAGCAGGUCACCUGGGUUGCAAAAGAAUGCAGAUGAACCUAUUAAAGGCUCCACGGAUGAAAGUAUGAGCAAGGUGGUGGCAAAAUUGGACACUGAGUCAAGACCUCUAGCGAAACGAGGGGCCCACUCUGGUUCGCUUACCAAGCAGUCCAAAGCUGAUGUUACUAAAGAUGAUUCCAAGUCAGGAAAACCAUCCAGCCGGGUGACUGUGCUACCAUUAUCUUCUACUGGAGAAAGGGAUGGCCUACUAUCCAAUCCCUCUGUAGCUGCUGGCAAUGGCUCCACUGCUUCAGCUCCCAUGCAUGGCAAAGCUGCAGCUGCAACUAAUAUUAAAAUGAUUGUGGAUAGUGGAGUGGCCAAACAAAUGAGCCAGAGGGUUGGUGCAGAAAAGGAUUCUGAUGAAGUUGAUGCGGCAGAUGGAUUGAGAGCUCUCUCUUCCCGACCUUCUGUGUCUCCCUUUUCAGAUGAGGCUGCUAAAUUUUCAGAAAAGCAGCUGAGGAGAUCAAGCCCAUCGGAAGAGCUUGACCGACACAUGAAACGUCGAAAAGGGGAGAUGGAUGCAAAGGAUGGGGAUGGGCUUGAAGCUCGAUUCUCUGAUAGAGAGAGAGACAAAUCUCACCCCUUAGAUUACGACAGGACUGGGAGUGAUGAGCAAGUUAUGGAUAGGCCGACAAGAGAGAAGCUUAGUGAGAGGUUUGAUAGAGAUCACCGGCCUCGUAGUGAAGACGUUUUAGUUGAGAAGGCGAGGGAUAGAUCAAUGGAAAGGCAUGGAAGAGAGAGGUCAGUUGAUAGAGGCAGUGGUAGGAGCUUUGACAGGGCAGGGGACAAGAGUAAGGAUGAAAGGGGUAAAGAAGAACGGGGUAAACCUCGCUACAGUGAAACACCAGUAGAACGAUCUCAUCCUGAUGAUCGAUUCCAUGGCCAAAGUUUGCCUCCACCCCCACCUUUGCCUCCCAAUAUCGUUCCCCAAUCAGUUGCUGUCAGUCGAAGAGAUGAAGAGCAGGAUAAAAGGGUGGGUAGUGCAAGGCAUAUGCAGAGGUUAUCGUCCCCCAGGCAUGAAGAGAAAGAAAAAAGGCGAUCCGAGGACAAUUCAGUAGUCUCAUUGGAUGAUGCCAAGCAUAGGAGAGAGGAGGAAUUUCGUGAAAGGAAGCGGGAUGAUCGGGACACCCUCUCAUUAAGGGUGGAUGAGAGGGACAGAGAGAAAGGAAACCAGUUGAAAGAUGAUUCAGAUGCUGCUGCUUCCAAAAGAAGAAGGAUAAAAAAGGAUCACAUCGGGGAUACUGCAGGUGAAUAUCCAUUGAUGGCUCCUUCACCUCUUCCCAUGGGGAUGUCUCAGUCCUAUGAUAACAGAGAUAGGGGGGAGCGCAAGGGCGCUGUAGCCCAGCGUGCAACUUACAUGGAGGAACCACUCCCAAGAGUGCAUGCCAAAGAAACCCCAAGCAAGAUCACACGUCGAGACAAUGAACAAAUGCACGAAAGAGAUUGGGACGAUGAGAAAAGACAAAGAGUUGACACAAAGCGCAAGCAUCGGAAGUAAGUCUGAAACUGAGGCAAAUGAGAAGCUCAUCCAGGUUUUCCAUCAUGCGUUCCUGAAACCCAAAAUUUUGAGGAGAACAAGGUGAUAUGCCAGUUUUUUGGUAUCAAAUGACACUGAAACCUUCAGCACCUGGAGUUGCCAAUUGCGACCAUCUUCCUUCAAAGCGAUUUCUGCCAAGUGGUUGCUAUGUUGCUUUGGACUGAAUACUGUUCAUGGGUUUACUAAAAUAUUGAAUGGGGUUUCUGCGCAGACCAUAUGCAGUUCAAGCGAUGGAUUUGCAUUUGCAUUUGAUUCUGUAAGCUAAAUGGGGUUUUGUUUGCCAGAAGUAUGAAAACAUUUAGUAUCCUUUGUUACUUAAUUUAUCGAGUUUUUGGUGUUUG